GCGCACUGUGAGCGCGCGGACUUCGAGACGUGACGUCAAACAGUGCGCGAUCAGUCCUGGCGGGAGAUUUUCGAGUGUUUUGUCGGUCUAGUUCGCAUUCAGAAGAAAAACAUUCACAAGUGAAAUGUGGAACCAAGGUAAAUAUGGUGAAGCCAGCAUGGCUGGAUAUACACAGUCUCCUGGAGGAUUCGGGUCACCAGCCGCUUCUCAAGGAGGAGACAAAAAAGGGAGGACACGAGCGCAGCAGAUCGUUCCCUGUACGGUGUCUCAGCUGAUGUCGGCGGUGCAGGCCGAGGACGUCUUUAAAGUGGGAGAGGUGGAGAUCGCACAGGUGACUAUUGUUGGUGUGAUCAGAAGCACGGAUAAAUCCACAAUCAACAUCCAGUACAAGGUGGAUGACAUGACUGCAGCCCCCAUGGAUGUCAAGCAGUGGAUUGACACUGAGGACAUGGGUGUGGAUAACUCGGUCAUUCCUCCCGGCUCUUACGUCAAAGUCUCAGGCAACCUUCGCUCUUUUCAGAAUAACAGGUCUUUGGUGGCGUUCAGCGUUCGAGUGCUGGAGGACAUGAAUGAAGUGACAUCACACAUGCUGGAGGUUGUGAACGCUCAUCUCCAGCAGAGCAAACCACAGAACAUGGGAGGUGGUGGAGGGACGAUGCCAGUCUCACAUACCAGCAUGAAUAGUAUGGGCACCACGGGAGGCUAUUCUGGUGCUAACAUGAUGCUAGUCAAUGGCUUGAGUGCCAACCAGAACCAAGUUUUGAGUCUGAUCAAGAGCUGUCAAGAGCCUCAGGGAAUCAGCAUGCAAGAACUCAAGCAGAAGCUCAACAGCAUGAGCGUCAACGUCAUCAGGCAAACUGUGGACUUUCUCAGCAACGAGGGCCACAUUUUCUCCACCAUCGACGAAGAUCACUUCCGGUCAACAGACAACGAAGCCUAACAUCCAGCCAGAGCCUGCAUCUUCACAGCUUUCAUGACAGAAAACAGUAACAAACUGUACAUUUCAGUUCCUUUCGCUCAUUUUAAUAAAAAAGCACACCCAUUUAAAUGUUUCUUUAGACGUCAUCGUGUUAAUUUACAUCUGUUAAACUUUGCAUUGCAUAUUUAGACGCAUUAAAAAGCCUUGCGUUUUUUUUUUGC